AUGUGUCGGGCUCGCUUCGUGCCAGGGGAUCGAAAGCAUUCUUGCUCCGCCUCGCCUGCCUUCCUCGCUUCCGAUUUCCCUUGGUUCACUCGUGGCCGGGACGAGGAUAUGCCUGCGGGCGUGGUGAUGCGAUCAUACACUGACAACUUCCGCUCGUUACAAUUAGGGAAGCGGGAGAACGAGAAGGACGACCGUCUCCAGAAGAAUCUUCUGCUUCUGCCUGUUAGCAUCGAGUUCCCUCAUCUGCAUCAUACUCAUCGUGUCACUGAGGGUUCGGAAAUCCGGUUGUCCUCUUCGAUCGUGGCUGAUAUGGACCUCACGGUCGAUCCCUGUGAAGACUUCUACAGCUUUGCUUGUGGGUCCUGGGCGAGAAAUAAUCCAUUACCAGCUGGGGAGAGCAUGUGGAACGUUAUGACCAAGUUGAGCCGGGAAAACCAACUCGUCUUGCGGAAUGCACUCGAUGGUUUGAUGAAGCGAGGCGGGAGUCUCGAGGGAAGUUCGGCGGAGUCGCAGGCUCUGCGCUAUUAUGCCUCCUGCAUGGACCAAGAUGGGAAGAUCGAGGAGCUCGGUGCCGCUCCUGUCUUGGAACUGAUCGAGGAACUAGGGGGAUGGAACGUUUCGUCAGAGAACUUCGAUGCCUCCACGUGGGAUUUCCAAAAAACUGUCCAGACGAUACACAAUCGAUUCAAUUUGGGCGGACUCUUCCAAUGGUGGAUUGGGGUCGAUGAUCGAAAUGCAACAAAGUACAUUUUGAAGAUUGAUCAAGGAGGACUGAGUCUGCCAUCACGGGAUUACUACUUAAAAAAGAGCAUUGAGGAGGAUAAUGUCCUUUCAGUCCUGCUGGAGUUCAUGACGAGGAUAGGAUUGCUCCUUCGCACGGAAACGAAGGACGUUACUGAAGAACUGCGCCUUUCGAUACAAAGUCAGAUGAGAAAGGUGAUAGAGUUCGAGGUCCUCUUGGCCAACAUCACAACUCCCAUUGGCCAGAGGUGGAACGAACGGAAACAGUAUCACAAGAUGCUUCUCUCCGACCUCCAGAUUCGCGUUCCAUUUCUGGACUGGAAGGCGUACAUGAACGAGGCGUUCGGCCGGAUAAAUAAGAGCAUCGAAGAGGAAGAACCAGUCCUGGUCCUUGCCAUGGACUACCUCUCCCGUCUAUCAAAACUGGUGGAGCCACGGCUGACGUCAGUUGAGGGGAAAAUUCAGCUGGGAAACUACUUGACGUGGCACGCCGUGAAGCAGAUGCUGCCCUUCCUGUCGCGGUCGUUCCGAGACGCGGCUAGGGGUCUCCGGAAGGCCCUCAUCGGGGCGGAAGGGAACUCGAUCCGAUGGGAGGACUGCAUCGCCGACACCACCAACAACUUUGGGGAUGUCGUGGGUGCGCUUUUUGUCAACACUCACUUCAGUGGGACGGCCAAAAAUCAGGCCCAAGAGAUGAUGAAGGAGAUCAAGAACGCUUUCCAGAAAAAUUUGCCCGACGUGCCCUGGAUGGACGACGAGACUCGCGAAGACACCGUCAUCAAGACCGACGCCACGGCGCACAUGAUCGGUCAUCCCGACUCCAUCUUGGACCCGGAGAAGCUGGAAAAAUCGUACGAGGGCGUGACCAUCGCAAGAGACGAUUACUUCGGGAACGCCGUCCGCAUGACCGGACGGGCGCUGUCGCUGUCGCUCGAUUUCCUGGGGAAAAAAUCGGAUCGUUCGCAGUGGUUGAUUCCGCCGCCCGCGGUGAACGGGUAUUACGCUCCGGCUUGGAAUCAGAUGGUUUUUCCGGCUGGGGUCUUGCAGCCGCCGUUGUUCUCGCCGGCGGCGCACCGGGCGCUCAAUUACGGCGGGAUCGGCACGAUCAUGGGGCAUGAGCUCACGCAUGUCGUCGAUGGCAUGGGACGAGAGUACGACAAAGACGGCAACAUGAACGCGUGGUGGAGCGACCACGCGAUCCGGCGCUUCGCGGAGCGGGCGCAGUGCUUCUCCCGGCAAUACGCGGGGUUCCAAGUGAACGGGGAAAGCCUCGACGGGGUCAACACGCUCGGCGAGAACCUGGCGGACAACGGCGGCCUGAAGGUGGCGUACCAGGCGUUCGUCUCCGGGCAGCCCGAUUUCCCACUUUUCCCUUUUCCCGCAUUCAAUUUCACCUCGCAGCAGCUCUUCUUCAUCGGCUUCGCUCAGGUUUGGUGUUCGGUGGAGACGAAAGAGGCGCUGGAGUUCCAAGCGGCGAACGACGUCCAUUCGCCGGGCGCGUUCCGCGUCGCCGGCGCGCUUCGCAACAGCGAGGACUUCGGUCGGGCCUUCGGAAAGCCAGAGACCAAGAUCAAGAAGGGUCUUGAAGAGAGCCACCUGUUUCUGCGCAAUCAUGGCCGCCAUUCUCGUCUUCUCCACGACCGCCUUCUUCCUGAGCCGACUUGCAUCGAGACGUCGUCAUCGAUCGCUGCGGCGAUGGAUCUCGCGAUGAAUCCCUGUGAAGACUUCUACCACUUUGCCUGUGGCUGCUGGGUGAAGAAAAAUCCAUUACCCCCUGGCAGGAGCAUCUGGAAUACAGUGGCAAAGUUGAACGAGGAAAACCAGAUUGUCUUACGAAAUGCUCUUCAUGAUCUGAUGAGCAAAAGACAAGGUCCCGAGGGAACUCUGGCCGAGACGCUGGCUUUACGCUACUAUGUCUCCUGCAUGGAUCAAGAUGAAAAGAUUGAAGAGCUUGGUGCAACUCCCCUCUUGGAACUGAUUGAGGGAUUUGGAGGAUGGAAUGUAUCAUCAGAGAAUUUUCAGGCCUCAAGGUGGGACUUUCAGAAGACUGUUCAGAAUUUGAACAAUCGAUUAAACGUAGGCACCCUCUUCAGUUUCCGGAUCGCAGCCGACGAUCGGAUCGCGACCCAGUAUGUCAUUCAGAUUGAUCAGAGUGGGCUGAGUCUGCCAUCACUGAAGUAUUACUUGGGUAAGGACAUUGAGGGUGAUCCUGUUCUCUCGAGCGCACUGGAAGUCAUGACGAGGAUGAGAAAGGUCAUAGAAUUUGAGAUAGUGUUGGCCCACAUCACAACACCCAUGGAUCAGAGAUGGAGUGAAAUUAAACAGUAUAAGAAGAUGCCCAUGAGAGAGCUUCAGCAACAUGCCCCAUUUCUGGACUGGAAGGCGUACGUGAACGACGCGUUCGGCCUGGUGAACCGGAGCAUCGACGAGGAGGAGCCCAUCCUGAUUCGUGCCUUGGAGUAUCUCACCCGGCUUACAGAGUUAGUGAAGGUUCAACUGGCCUCAGAUGAGGGGAAAAUUCAGCUGGGAAACUAUAUGAUGUGGCACGCCGUGAUGCGGCUGAUCCCCCUGCUGUCGCAGCCGUUUCGAAAUGCGGCUCGAGACUUCCAGCGGGCCCUCGUGGGAGGGGAGGGGGAGACGGCGAGGUGGCAGGAUUGCAUCUCUGGCACCACCAAGUUGUUUGGGGAUGCCAUGGGUGCACUGUUUGUGAGGACUCAUUUCAAUGGGUCUGCCAAAGCCCAGGCCCAGGAGAUGUUAAGUGAGGUCAAGGAAGCAUUCAAGAAAAAUCUGGCAAACUUGAGCUGGAUGGACUUGUGGACUCAGCUUGCAGCCCUUGAGAAAAUCAGCGCUGUCAUAGACAUGAUUGGUCAUCCUGAAUACAUCUUGGACUCAGUGAGGAUGAAUAGAAAGUAUGAUGGUGUGAACAUGAAGCCAGAUGCCUAUUUCAAAAAUAGCAUUUUCAUGUUCCAAUGGGGUUUUCGAAAGAACCUUGACAACCUCAAGAAACGCGUGGAUCGCAGGCAGUGGCUGAUACCUCCACCCACAGUGAAUGGGUAUUAUGCCCCAGGUUGGAAUCAGAUGGUGUUUCCUGCUGGAAUCUUGCAGCCUCCUUUCUAUUCCCCAGAUUAUCCACAGGCUGUAAAUUAUGGUGGAAUUGGAAUGAUCAUGGGACAUGAGCUCAUACAUGCCAUUGAUGGACUGGUGGAGACAAAAGAAGCCCUUCAGUUCCAAGUGGUGAAUAAUUAUCAUGCACCUAAUGAGUUUCGUGUCAUUGGCACGCUGCGCAAUAAUGAAGACUUUGGCCGGGCAUUUAGUUGUCGUAAAGGAACUCCCAUGAACCCUUUCAAAAAGUGCAAGGUUUGGUGAUUCAUUGGUUUGUUUACUUUUUCCUACGGGUAGUUUGUUUGCAGGC